AUGAUUGUCGAUAGCUUACAAGUUGGCUUUACCGCCAGCAACCUAUGGCAGGAAGUGACUGUAGCCUUCUUCGUGUACCUUUCAACCGGAAUUAUCUACGAUAUGUACUUUCAUCCGAUGUCACGCAUUGCUGGCCCUGUAAGCUGGUUUUGCUCUCGCCUGCCCUUUGUUUGGGCUCUUCUUCGCGGCACUAUAGUCCGCGACAUCGAGACCCUGCAUCGGAAUUAUGGACCUGUUCUAAGAAUCGCGCCAAAUGAGGUCAUAUUCACGUCAAAUGAAGCAUGGGGUAAUAUCCACCUACCUCGUCCAAACCAUCAGCCUUUUCUUAAGGAUCCCAUAUGGUGGAGCUCACAACCAGGUCAUCCAAAUUCCAUCAUUAACGCGAUCGACCCUAAGGUGCAUUCGAGGAUUAGAAAAAUAUAUGUCAAUCUCCUAGUGGAAGGAUUAAAAGAUCAAGCGCCCUCUGACCUAUCAUUCGAGAUUGAUAUCUCACCAUGGUUCAAUUAUACCACGUUCGACAUAUUUAGUGACUUACGAUUCGGCGAAUCAUUUGAGUGCUUGGAGAAAUCUAUUUAUAAUCCAUGGAUUGAUCUUCUAUUCAAUCGUGUUAAGACUACUGGUUUCAUCUUUUCCGCACGGUUCUAUCCCUGGGUCGAGUUUAUUCUCAUGAAGUGCGUCCCACGAUCUUUGAAUUGGGUGCAGAAGGAUCAUUAUCUCCAGAUUGUGGACAAGGGCUUGCCACACGGUGAGAUCUGUGCUACGUUCAUGAUACUUACGACCGCUAGGAGUGAAACAACUGCCACAACCUUGUGUGGAGCGUUGGCAAUACUUACUACAGAAAUACGCUUUGCGUUCCAUAGUACGGAAAAUAUUACACUCGCUGCUCUUCAUGACCCCCCAUAUCUCAUCGCUGUUAUCCAGGAAGCUCUGCGGCUCUGCCCCGCAAUACCGUGGGUACUUCCUCGAAGAGUUCCCAAUGGCGCAGAUUCAGUUUGCGGGAUAUGGUUGCCGGGGAAGCGCAAUUCUGAUAUAACAAUACAGACACCGGUAUCGAUACAAGCAUGGAAACUUACUCUAAUUGAGCUGUUCAGCACAUGUCCACGAAAUUGCAUGGGCCAACAUCUAGCGUGGGCUGAGAUGCGGCUCACCCUUGCAAAACUGUUGUUCAGUCUUGAUCUGGGAGUAGUUGCAGGCAAGCAAUUCAGGUGGGAACAACUCAGAAUAUUCCCCCUGGUAGAAACACGUUCAAUCUGUGUACUACUAAAGGCAAGGGCAGUUUCAAUUGAAGAAUGGGUUUUGUGCAGUUCUGGGAAACUAUACUAUGAUAAUGAUAAGAGUAUAGUAACAGCAAACGGGUUUACUCGGCCUUUCGUCUUAGUCACAGCAACUUGGAACAGUGUUUUUGUCUAA